AUGUCAUUGGGGCUGCCAGAGGCGAAACCGGACACGAUGGAGGAGAUUUUCUCGGAGAAGUGUCAACGUAUCGAGCUGGAGGCCUACAGUCUCUACCACUUUGACGAGUUGGUGAUAGACGGACGCAGAUACCAGUAUCGCCUUUCCACCAAAGGUGACGUGAUGACCGUGGUCUGUAGACUGGCGGGCCAGGAUCUCCUUCUCGUCUCUGUGUGGACCAAUAUGGAGCACGAGAAUCGCAUCCGCGAGAUCCACCAACACAUCCUGGAACGCGAGAAAGCCACCCCUCCUCUUGACCCCAACCAAGGCCGGGACGGUUCAACCGCACCGACAUUCAAAGGUUUUGUUUUCAACCGUUUCUACUAA